UAUAAUAAAAAAAUAUUAAUGGAAAUAAACGGAAAAUGAACAAUCUAGAAGCAGUUGUGAGACAAGAUUCGCAUUCAGCCACACCAGCCGAGCAAUCAUCAACCCCCGAAAUGGCGGCGGCGGCUUCCGCCGCGGAAGGCAUGGCGGCGGCAGCGCUGCGAUCGGUGCUCCAGAGGGUUAACCAGGCCGCCGAGCGGUCCAGCCGUCAGGCUGACCGGAUCCGAGUUGUGGCCGUGAGCAAGACGAAGCCGGUUCCCCUCCUCCGGCAAGUCUACGACGCCGGCCACCGCUUCUUCGGCGAGAAUUACGUCCAAGAGAUCGUCGAGAAAGCUCCUCAGUUGCCGGAAAAUAUUGAGUGGCAUUUCAUUGGGAAUUUGCAGAGCAAUAAAGUGAAGCCACUUCUGACUGGUGUACCAAAUCUUGCCAUGGUGGAGACUGUCGAUGACGAGAAGAUUGCAAAUCAUCUUGACCGUGCAAUUGGAAACAUCGGAAGGAAACCUUUAAAAGUAUUGGUCCAAGUAAAUACGAGUGGUGAAGAAUCUAAAUACGGUGUAGAACCUAGUGGUGUUGUCGAGCUUGCCAAACAUGUUCGUACAAACUGUCCUAAUCUUGAAUUUUGUGGGCUUAUGACAAUAGGAAUGCCAGAUUACACUUCUACCCCAGAAAAUUUCAAGACAUUGGCAAACUGUAGAACCGAGGUUUGUAAGGCACUUGGAAUAGCAGAAGAGCAAUGCGAGCUAUCAAUGGGCAUGUCUGGCGAUUUUGAGCUCGCCGUUGAGAUGGGCAGUACAAAUGUUAGGGUUGGAUCUACCAUAUUCGGUGCAAGGGAAUAUCCAAAGAAAUAAUCGAAUUAGAUGUGCAGCUCUGUAUUAUUAUUCAGAAAGCCAUCAAAUUUGUUUAUCUGUGCAGAUAUUCAUAACACAGAUGCGCUUGACUUCUGCUGUUUGAGUUCGGACCUAAAUUUUUUUCGAAAUUUAGGAUGUUUAAUUAAUUUGUUGUUUAUGUGGCUGUUGUCGUCUGUUUUUGACCUUUUGUCACGGACUUUUCAUGGUUAUUGAGAUGCUACACCAGGUUAUACACAUCGGGUGAUUUU